UCAAAUACGAUGGGAGCAGCCGAUAUCGCCGCGGCCUUUAUCAUCGGCUUGCCACUUUAUCUAACUGGGUUUACAGGCAAUGCUUUGGUUAUCCUAGCAGUUUGGAAGAAAGCCAGUCUACGUGCAAUCCCCAACUAUCUUCUGGUAAACAUAGCGGUUUCUGACAUCGUUGCUUUAGUGUUUAUACCAUUUCCGUUGCUUUUGAAAUUAGUGAAAUUAGAUCAUAACCGUGUUCUUGCUGACUAUCUCUGUAAAUUCCUGUUGCUGUUCAACAUUCCAAUUACUUCWGUUUUUGCGUCGAUUUUCACAGUAACUGUCAUGUCUGUAGAGAGGUAUAACGCCGUUAUCAAACCUUUAAAACGGGGAAUUAGACUACAGGAAGAAAAUGUUAAAUUUGCUGUAAUUGCCAUUUGGCUUGGUGCUAUUUUAGUCAGUCUACCAAGUUACCUUGAUGGUGCCUACGUUCCAGAUUCUAACAGAUGCGGUCAUGAUCAAACACAAUUACCAGGCAUCGAUAAAGAGGCCUACAGAAUUACAGAAGUAGUUAUAGCCGUUACUUCCGUAACCGUGUCGUUCGGAAUAAUCACUUUCUGCUAUUUUAAUAUUGCAAAAGAUUUCUAUUUCAAACAAAAAGUUGCGUCGAGCAAUUUAGGAAUCACUAAAGAAGUAGCAAAGCUACGAACAGUACAAACUCGACAAACUGUGAAACURUCGCUGACGAUUACAUUGUUGUUUGUUAUUUGUGUGUUUCCUGUGCUUAUCAUMACAUGUUUAAAGGUAUUUGAAGUUCCAAACCUCAAAAAGCCAUAUAACUACUCGGGCUUUGUGUUUUUUGCCAUGACCUGUCUGAACCCUUUUAUUCAUUGCUACCAGAGUAGUCAGUUUCGAGAGGCCUUUAAGGAUAUUCUGGGCCAGUGCUGUCAUCGGCCUCGCACGGGAUAAUCAAAUGAUUGUCAAAAAACAUAAGUACAAAGCCAGCUUACUCAACAUCUAUUGUUAACCAUGGCAAAAGAAACUAUUAUCUGCGGAUGGUCCAGUCUCCGAAUGACGUCAAGCACGUAAUGCGAGGUGCACUAUGGGAUUGACGAUAACRACCUGACGCCAUAUUGUUGUGUUUCAGGGUGCCUUGCGUUGAACAACAAACAGUAUUAAUUUAAGGCAUCUUAAUUAAGGUAACUUGGCUGGGUAAAGAAGUUGCCUUACCGUCCAUGCAUGACAGUGAAAUUCUACGUUUUAAUAAUAUUAAAUAUUAAUACUUUUUGAGUCUUCUGUGCAAAAUUGAUUUAUUUUWACCAAGCUUUAUGCCUAAGCAGCCAUUUUCAAGGUUGUAGUACACGUGAUGAUCUAAUCUACGCAGCUAACUGAAAGCGC